CUUAACAUCCCUCCAACUUACAGCUGAACUAUUUUUUCAAGUUUUCGAGGGAUUCGUCGAUGGCAUCUAAAAUGAAGGACAGGAAGAGAACGCCAAUUUCCCACAAAGUCAUCGAGAAAAGAAGACGCGACCGAAUUAAUCGCUGCCUAAACGAACUUGGAAAAACUGUACCGAUGGCCCUAGCUAAACAGAACUCUGGAAAACUGGAGAAAGCUGAAAUCCUGGAGAUGACCGUUCAAUAUCUGCGAGCGCUCCACUCAGCGGAUUUUCCCCGUGGAAGAGAGAAAGGUGAGCUCCUGGCUGAAUUUGCCAACUACUUCCACUAUGGAUACCACGAGUGCAUGAAGAACUUGGUGCACUACCUGACCACAGAGGACAGAGCUGAAACCAAAGAUAUCAAGUACGCGCGGAUCCUCGCCUUUUUGCAGUCAAAGUCCCGUGUGGUCACCGAGCCUGUAUUCGGGUCAGUCGGCACGAUGCCGGAAUCGUCUGACUACCUCAGCCAGCUGCACUCCUCCCCAGAACACCAAAGCCACAGCCCGUCGGACUCUGUCUACCAGCAGAGCCCUCCGGGACACUUUUCCUGGCACAGCUCCGCCCGCAGCCCGAGCAUCUCUUACCCAGCAAUGCCGCUCUCGGCGCACACACAGCAGCAUGGUGGAUACUUGUCACCGGUGCAAGGACUUGAUCACCAUUAUUUUAACUUCAUAGGUCACCCGCACGCAAACACGUUUAGUUUGCACAGCGCGCAACACGCCAUGUAA